AUGUUGGGCCAGAGUGUCCAGAGGUUCACCACCUCUAUGGUCCGUUGCAGCUACGACAAGGAGGGCCCGGGGAAGAAUUUGUCAUUUUCGAUGGAAAACAAGUGGCAGUUACUGGCGAUGAUGACUGUGUACUUUGGAUCUGGAUUUGCUGCUUCUUUCUUCAUAGUGAAGCACCAGGUUCUUAAGAAAUGAGAAUAUUUAAUUCAUCCCUUUAACAGAAUGAAGAUUGUUUAGGAGAUUGAUCUGAAAAUUGGAUUAAACUCUUGAACUCUUAUUACUAAAUAAAA